AUGUACACUCGGAGCAGGGUGGUGGGGACCUCCAGGCUUGGCGCCACCCCUGGCUCCCGCCCAGCCUGGGACCCCUCUUCCAGGCGCACAGAGCAGGACCCGCCCCCAGGCCAGAGACAGGGCCCUGAAGACCUUUUGCGGGAGAACCAGGGCCACGCGGGCCAGACGCUCCAGCACACAGGUGCAUAUACCAUGAUAACACCGAAUGAAAACCGGAGAAACCAGAUACAAAGAAUUGCUGAGCGAGAGCUGGAAGAGCUGGAGAAAUGGAAGGCUCAGAAUAGAGCUAAACCAGUUAGUCUGAUGCCAAGACGGCUCGGUGGAAGCCAGUCAGAAGCUGAAGUCAGGCAGAAGCAACAGCUCCAACUGAUGCAAUCUAAAUACCAGCAAAAGCUAAAGAGAGAAGAAUCUGUUAGAAUCAGGAAGGAAGCUGAGGAAGCGGAAAUCCAGAAAAUGAAGGCAAUUCAGAGAGAGAAGAGCAAUAAACUAGAGGAGAAAAAGAGACUUCAAGAAACCUUCAGACAAGAAGCACUUAGAGAUCAUCAUCAAUACAAAACUGCUGAGUUCUUGAGCCAACUGAGUACAGAGCUGCCAACCAGAAGCUCCUGUCAGAUUGCUAAUCAUGACCCGCAGGCCUCAACAUGGAAACUUCCAGUCCUAACUAAGGAUAACACUUGGGCUAGAAGCCACGCUUACAAAGCUUCUCGGAAAGAAGAAGAAGAUCGACAAUUGCAAAAAAUGAAGGAUCAACAACGUAGGAAGAGUGAAUUUCUGGAGUUUAAGCGACAGCAAAAAGAGGAAGAAAGAGCACAAACUCACCAAAUUGAACAUCGGAGGGUAAAUAAUGCUUUUCUGGACCGACUCCAAGCCGAAAGUCAACCAGGUGGCCUUGAGCGGUCUGCAGGCUAUUGGAAUAUGAAUCGUGGUAACAGCUGGGGUUCAGUUCUGAAUGUGACUUUGUUCCACCUCACCUUUUUCACCUUGACCUCUGCUGUCAGGGAGGACCGAUUUCUCUCUGUCACUACUUGUGCAAGUUUGCAGGAACUGAUUAUGGAACUCAGACUUAAUCUCAAAUGCCAGCAAAAUGCUACUUUAUUUUUCUAA